GCGAAAUAGUUGGAAAUACCCCUGUUAGAUUCCUCGUAUUUGCAUCUGUACUUGGUAAGACUGCGAUGAAGUAAAUUGACUUACUCUCCCUCUUCCGUCCCUCUCGCAACAGUCCAUCACAAAUCUAGGGUUCUAAUGGCGACCGCGAAGAGACGCUUAGCAUGUGCUACUGCAGAGGAAUAUUUACAACGUACUGUUUUGAUCUUCUUAGGAGGAUCGACUUCGAAAGAGAUAAAAAAUAUAUUCAGCGCGGUGGAGAUGAUUGUUACAAUUUUUGAGUUUCUUCUGUUCGUUUUAUGUUGUCUGAUAGCUUCGAUAACUUCAUACUGUGCGGAGCGAGGCGCAUUCUGGGAUUAUGAGCUUUCAUACAUAAAGCUCAAUUCAGGUCCGGUAGUGGCAAAAUCGUGGAAUUUCAGGGCGAAGUUGUUUAGAGGAUUGCAGAAAUCUAACGACUGGAUUUUUAUCAGUCCACCACAAAUCAUUCUACAGCCUAUCAUUCCACGGUCCGAAAAGCCUUUAUCGACUCCAGUGUCUGCUCAAGUGGAUGUCAAUCAAAUUCAAUGCCGAAAUUCCUGUUGUAGUGGAGAUCAAGUUCAUAACCAACUAGCUGAUCUACUUGGUGAACAUGUGAAUUCAAUUCUGCGCAACCAAACUGGUACUAUCAUUCCACCAACGGAGUCUCCUCAAGAACAUGCUAAUCCGAAUCAAUGUCAAACUUUCUGUUGUAGUGGAGAUGAUGUUCAUAACCAGCAGACUGAUCCACCUGUUGAACCUGUGAAUUCACCUCUGCAUAACCGAACUGAUAAUGCAUCAGCAUCAUUUGAUAUCGAAGCAGGAGGGGAUAUUGAGGCCAGAGGAGCCAGCUUAAAUGAAGCAAGUUCUUCUGAUGCUGGUAAUGAAGCUGAAGCUCCCUCCCCUCAGACAGGGAACCAAAAUCCACCUCCUCAUGAUGAUGACGGAAUGGACGAAACUCCAUCAAAUGAAGUAAACAUAACUGCAGCUAGUGAAGACCAUAAAGGUCGAAAAGAAGUUGAGUUUGUGUUCAUAGUUGGAGGUCAAAUAAUUGCCACUGGGAUAGCAGCUUUUGCAUUGAACAACACAUCUAAUGUGUCUAGUGAAGCCGAAGUCCUUCAACAUAUUCUUAUAGGUUGCAUGUUUGUCAGCCUUAUUUCUUUAUUCUAUGGCUUAUGGUUGUCUGUCUGUAAACCACGCAGCCUAGCUGCACGGGUAGUAAGGGUAAUCGGUCAUGUGGCAAUGGCGUUCACUCUUUUGAUCGUAACUGGGCUCAAUUUGCCCAACAGCCUGAUGCUUUGGGGCACUUUAGGGGCUUGCACUGUGUGCCUCCCGGCCAUCAUCUUAUAUGCUAUAAAAUAGCCCAGAGAAGAAAUGGAGACUCGCCGUGAUUGUGACUUAGGGGUUGAUUGCAUUUUGGGGGUUGUGUAAUAUAUAUUUGUUUAGCCGUCAAACUAUGUGUACAUGUUUUUUAUACAUAAAUAUUUAUACAUAUAAAUGUAUUAUGAUGUGA